AUGCAGCAGCAGCAGCAGCAGCAGCGACAGCAGCAGCAGCAGCAGCAGCAGCAGCAGCAACAGCAGCAGGAGCAGCAGCAGCAGCAGCACUGCACCAGCUGUCUCCUCUCUCGUUUCUUGGCUUUCGCAGCUAAAGACCUCACACCAUGGGAGAGGGGGCUUAUCCUGGGUGGGGAUAGCAGCAGCAGCAGCAGCAGCAGCAGCAGCGGCAGCAGCAGCAGUGGCUGCAGCUGCUGCUGCAGCAUCAGUAGCAGAACCACCAACUGUAGCAGCAGCAACUGCAGCUGCUGCUGCAGCAUGAGCAGCAGCACUACCCCUUCUAGCUGCAGCAGCAGCAGCAGCAGCAGCAGCAGCAGCAGCAGCAGCAGCAGAGGCAGCAGCGAGCGCAGCAGCAGCAGCGGCAGCUGCUGCUGCUGGCAAGUUAAGGGGGGGAGCAGCAGCACAGAGGAGACAGCGGAGACAAUAAAGGAGACCCUCAGCAUCUGGCCUAGCGAGCAGCAGCAGCAGCUGCAGCAGCAGCAGCAGCAUAUAAACGACACAGUAAACUACUACAGCAACAGCAGCAGCAGCAGCAGCAGCAGCAGCAGCAGCAGCAGCAGCGAGGUAGGGGAUGCUGCGCUGGAUUUGUUGAAUCAAAUGAAGGGCCGCAUGCAGCAGCAGAUAAAGCGGGAGCAGCAAACAGCAGACAGAAUUGUGGUUCGUACUAGGCAGCAGCAGCAGCAGCAGCAGCAGCAACAGCGACAGCAGCAGCAGCAGCAGCAGCAGCAGAGGAGAGGGGAGAAGCUAGGGGAAGGAGAAGCGGAAGACAGUGAAGAAAGUGCUGCUGCAGCGAGGCUGACUCUGGGCACAGCAGCAGCAGCAGCAGCAGCAGAUGCAGAUGCAGCAACAACACCAGCAGCAGAAGCAGCAGCAGCAGCAGCAGCAGCAGCAGCAGCAGCAGAAGAGGCUGCAUACAGUCGAGCUAUGGAUAUGAUGGAGGACAGCGAAGGAGCAGCAGAGAGAGAAAACAACGCAGAAGAAGAAGAAACAAAACCUCUAUCUCUGUUGCUGUUGCUGCAGCAGCAGCAGCAGUACCAGCAGCAGCAGCAGCAGCAGCAGCAGCAGGAGAGAGAGGCGGAUCUGCUGCUGUCUGUAUCGCGCUGCCUUCAAACUCUACAGCAGCAGCAGCAGCAGCAGCAGCGACAGCAGCAGCAACAGCAGCAGCAACAGCAGCAACAGCAGCAAGAAGAAGAAGAGAAAGAACAAACUGAAGCAGCAACAGACAGCAGCAAUGAAUGCAGCACCUCCAUUGCCCUUCACAGCAGCAGCAACAGCAGCAGCAGCAGCAGCAGAAGCAGCAGUGGCAGCAGCAGCAGCAAUGGUAGCAGCAGCACUCCCCUUCGCAGCAUCAGCAGCAGCAGCAGCAUCAGCAGCAGCAGCAGUUCUCUGGCCAUGGUACCUACCCGCAGCAGCAGCAACAUCAGCAGCAGCAACAGCAGCAGCAACAGCAGCAGGAGCAGCAGCAGCAGAAGCAGCAGCAGGAACAGCAGCAUCCAUCAUCACUAUCCUCGUCGUCGUCGCAGCAGCAGCAGCAGCAGCAGAAGCAGCAGCAGCAGCAGCAGCAGCAGAAGCAGCACCAGCAGCAGAAGCAGCAGCAGCACCACCGCCACCACCACCACCACCAUCAGUAGAACAGCAGCAGCAGCAGCAGCAGCAGCAGCAGCAGCAGGAGGAAUAGGAGAAACAGAAACAAAAACAAAAACAGCAAAAGCAAGAGAAAGUGUAUAUGCAGCUUAUAAAUAUGCAUGCAGUUUAUUAAACCCAAAACAAAUCAAAUAUAAUAUUAUAAACAAUAAACUACAGCAGCAGCAGCAGCAGCAGCAGCAGCAACAGCAGCAGCAGCAGCAGCAGGUGCAGAUACACCAGGAAGGAGAAGAGAGACAGAUAGAUAAGAGAAAUAAACAAAUAGAAGAUAAUAUAAAUACACAGCAGCAGCAACAGCAACAGCAACAGCAGCAGCAGAGAACAGAGCCUGAUGAAAUAAAUACAAUUGCUGCUGCUGCUGCUGCUGCUGUUGCUGCUGUUGCUGCUGCUGAGGAUAGAGGGGAGGAAGCAGAGCAGCAGCAGACUGCAGCAGCAGCAGCAGCAGCAACCGCAGCAGCAGCAGAAGAAGCAGAGUUGCUGCUGUCUGCUUCGUCCCCCAGCAGCAAUCUGUUGUUCCUCUUGGACGUUCUACAGCGCAGCAGCAGCAGCAGCAGCAGCAGCAACAGCAGCAGCAGCGAGGGAGAAAGCCUGAAGAAUGAGUUUAUAAAGAAGUGGAGUGAAAUAAAAACAGAAAAAGAAAAACAAAAAAAUAAAAACAGCAACAAACAAAACACAGAUAUACAGAUGUUGCUGCUCGAUAGGCUGCUGCUGCAGCUGCAAGGAUUAGGAGCAGCAGAAACAGCAGCAACAGCAGCAGCAGCAUCUGAUACUGCUGCUGCUGCUGCUGCUGCUGCUGCUGCUGGUGGUGAUGAUGAUAGUACUGAAGCUGAUGCUGCUGCUGGUGAGGAGGGCGGUGGUGGUGGUGCUGCUGUUCCUGCUGCUGCUGCUGCUGCUGCUGUUGCUGCUGCAGCAGCAGCAGCAGCAAAAGGAGCAUCACUUGUAAAGGGGAGAGAAGAAGAAAGAUAG